AUGACACAAAAAUUUAAAGUUAUACAUGGUUUACAAGAAAAUCUUUCUGGUUCUUGUUGCCGUGGCUGUUUCAAUAAACAAACUUCAUUAGUAGGAAAUACUAAUUUUCCCUCAUCUAUUUACCUAAUGAUUGUUCGAUUAGAUAGAUUUGGUAAUGAGACAAAUGUAGCAGAUAGUUAUUGCUCAAAAUGUGCUAUUGAUUUCUAUAACCGAAAGGCAGACGAAUUGGCUGGUCAACACAAGGUUCAAGAAAUGAAAAGAGACAAAUUUA